GAGAGAAUAGCUACAGAUUCUCCAUCCUCAGUCUUUGCAAGGGGACGGCUGUGCCGGGCUCGGGCAGGCUCCUGGCAGCAUGGCAGUGAAGCUGGGGUCCCUUCUGCUGGUCCUUGGGCUCAGCCUGGCUCAGCCAGCCUCUGCCCGACGGAAGCUCCUGGUGUUUCUACUGGAUGGUUUUCGCUGGGACUACAUCAGCGAUGAGGCUCUGGAAUCCUUGCCUGGUUUCCAAGAGAUUGUGAGCAGAGGAGUAAAAGUGGAUUACCUGACUCCUGACUUCCCUACCCUCUCGUAUCCCAAUUACUACACCCUAAUGACUGGGCGCCAUUGUGAGGUCCAUCAGAUGACUGGGAAUUACAUGUGGGAUCCCAAAACCAACAAGUCAUUUGACAUCGGUGUCAACAGAGACAGCCUGAUGCCUCUUUGGUGGAAUGGAUCAGAACCUCUGUGGGUCACUCUGAUUAAGGCCAAAAGGAAGGUCUACAUGUACUACUGGCCAGGCUGUGAGGUUGAGAUUCUUGGUGUCAGACCUACUUACUGCCUAGAAUAUAAAAAUGUCCCAACGGAUAUCAAUUUUGCCAAUGCAGUCAGUGACGCUCUUGACUCACUCAAGAGUGGCCGAGCCGACCUGGCAGCCAUAUACCACGAGCGCAUCGACGUGGAAGGCCACCACUAUGGUCCUUCAUCGCCACAGAGGAAAGACGCCCUCAAGGCCGUGGACACCGUCCUGAAGUACAUGAUCCUGUGGAUCCAGGAGCGGGGCCUGCAGGACGACCUGAAUGUCAUCAUUUUCUCAGAUCAUGGAAUGACGGACAUCUUCUGGAUGGAUAAAGUGAUUGAGCUGAGCGAGUACAUCAGCCUGAAUGACCUGCAGCAAGUGAAGGACCGGGGGCCUGUUGUGAGCCUGUGGCCCGCCCCUGGGAAGCAUUCUGAGAUAUAUGACAAACUGAGCCAAGUGGAACACAUGACCGUGUAUGAGAAGGAAGCCAUACCAAACAGGUUCUAUUACAAGAGAGGGAAAUUUGUCUCUCCUUUGACUUUAGUGGCCGAUGAAGGGUGGUUCAUAGCAGAGAGUCGAGAGGCGCUUCCGUUUUGGAUGAACAGCACAGGCAGGCGGGAAGGCUGGCAGCAUGGAUGGCACGGAUAUGACAACGAGCUCAUGGACAUGAGAGGCAUCUUCCUGGCCUUUGGACCUGAUUUCAAAUCCAACUUCAGAGCUGCUCCCAUCAGAUCCGUGGACGUCUACAACGUCAUGUGCAGCAUGGCUGGCAUCUCCCCGCUGCCCAACAAUGGGUCCUGGUCCAGGGUGGUAUGCAUGCUGAAGGACCCGGCCAGCUCAGCCUCCUCUGUCCAGCCAAACAGCUGUGCACUGGCCUUGAUUCUCUUCUUCCUGUUUGCAUAUUGAUCAUAUUGUCCGUCCCAAAAAUGCUGUCAGCAAAGUGUGCCUCCAAAGUGGAAUGUUUCCCAGUUUCUGUGUGAAUAAUAGCUUCAUUAACACAAUCAAGGCCAUGUACACUGUAAAUAUAUUGUUCUAGGAUACUUCUACCCAUAAAUGUCCAUACUUUUU